CCCGCCGGGGCUGGGCAGGAAGCCGGCUCCGGCUCCCGCCAGCGCCCAAUAGCCUUCUCUCCUCCUCCUUCCUUACCUUCCCCUCCUCCUCCCAUCUCCCUCCGCUCCGGCCGCAGACGCGGGUAAGCUCAGCCGCCGGGACUGUUAAAGGAAGAAGAGACAGGUGACAUGAGAGAUUUGACUGUGCCCUGCCCUGGACAGCUUACAGAUAGAAGAAUUAACCCCUAAAGAGACUGAAGUGGGUUUCAGAAUGGCAAAAGAAGAGCCCCCGAGUACCUCAAAGGACUUGCAGGAGCUGCAGAGGAAGCUGUCUUUGCUGAUAGCAUCUAUUCAGAAUAACUCAAAGGUGGUUGCCUUUCUGAAGUCUCCGGUGGGUCAGUACCUGGACAGGCAUCCUUUUUUGGCCCUCACUAUGCUGGUGUUUGUUGCUGUGUCGGCCAUUCCUGUUGGAUUCUUCCUGCUGCUUGUGGUGCUUACCUCCCUGGCUGCUCUUGUGGGAGUCAUUUUACUGGAAGGACUGGUCAUCUCUGUGGGUGGCCUCUCACUGCUUUGUGUCCUCUGCGGCUUGAGCUUUGUGUCACUCAUCAUGUCGGGUACAAUCAUGGUGUCCUACGUGAUGGUCUCCAGCCUUGUCAACUACUGGUUUUCUCCCAGAGGGGACCCUAACAGAUGUGACAUCUGGGGAAAUACUCCCCUGCAUUAUGCAGCCUCCAAUGGUCAUACCCACUGUGUAUCAUUCCUGGUCAACUUUGGUGCCAACAUCUUUGCCCUGGACAACAACUUACAGUCUCCACUGGAUGCUGCUGCUAGCAGAGAGCAGAAUGAAUGUGUUGCUCUCCUGGAUAAGGCUGCCACUGCCCAGAACAUCAUGAACCCCAAGAAAGUUACCAGGCUGAAGGAGCAGGCUCAGAAGAAUGCCAGGAGGCAGAUCAAAGAGUGUGAGAGGCUCCAGGAGAAGCACCAAAAUAAGAUGGCUCGCACCUAUAGCAAGGAGGAAUCUGGGACUCUUUCUUCUUCCAAGGAUACUUUCUCCAGGUCAUCCCUUUCAAAUGCUUCUUCAUCUGGUACAUUUGGGUCAGUAUCUAAGGGCAUUAAAGACACCUUCAAGAUAAAGUUCAAGAAGAACAAAGAUACAGGAGAGCAGGUAGGGAAGGAGAGCAGAAAUGGGGAGAAGAAUGUGAUGGAAGUGUUCAGAGAAGAGGAAGAAGACACAUUCUCAGAGGACUUCAAAGGGAAGCUCCAGUUCUUACAAGAGGAGGACAGAUGUGUGCAGCACGAGUCCAUUCUUAACCGUCCGGGUCUAGGAAAUAUUGUUUUUAGAAGGAACAGAAUAUUAAGUCCUGAAGAGAUCUCAGACAGCAGGAGGGAGUUAGGAUUUAAAAUGUGCAGUGAAUUGCUUCAGAGACCAGAAGCAGCAGAGGCUGAUGAAGCUGAGGCUAAUAAAGAGGGAACAGAAAACAGCCAUGAAGAUGAUCUGCCUUGGGAUGAGGAUGAAGUGGAGUGGGAGGAAGAUGUGGUUGAUGCUACUCCUCUGGAAGUAUUUUUGCAGUCCCACCACCUGGAAGAAUUCCUUCCCAUUUUCAUGAGAGAGCAGAUUGAUCUAGAAGCUCUGUUGCUUUGCUCUGAUGAGGACCUUCAGAGUAUACAAAUGCAGCUUGGUCCCAGGAAGAAAAUUCUCAAUGCCAUAAAUGGAAGGAAGCAGGUGCUACAACAGCCUGGGCAACUGGUUGACACCAGCCUCUGAUGGAGUAUUGGGUCCACAGGGUGAACCUGCAGCAAUGGGGCAGUGCUGUGGCCCACUGGAAACACUCCAGGCAACAUCCCCUGUAUGCCCAAUGCCAGGCCACUGGGAAUGGUUCCUAGGGUUUUGGAAAUGCACUCCUAAGGAAGAUGCCCACACUGUACUUUGAGAAAUACUCUGCCCCUGUCCAAACAAACCACCAGUGAGCCACUCAAGGAGAUCUGGGAAUAAGAAAAUGGAAUUUUCUCUUCAAUUAUCUUUUUGAUAUUUUUGAAUAUAGAAAGGGUUAAAUGACAGGCAAGGGAAAAACUCUUUGCUUUUCCAACUCUGGACUUUAAAAUUAUAAUCUCUUGUCACACAAGUGUGCUGCUUACUUUCUCAUCCUCAGAGACUGGGGACUCCAAUUCCAGUUCUGUUCUUAGCUCUAUAACUUUGUCUGUUGGAAGAGACUUGAUUUCUUCCACUGGCCUCAGGCUUCAUGUCCAACUUAAAUAUGUUUAAGCCCCCAACAUAUAUUUACAUGUUUACAAGUAAUGGAUACUCCUGCCUGGGAACAGAGGCAGAGUGGCAGGUGGGGAGAGUGAAGAAAGAAAUAUAAUACAGGGUACCUAUUAUGUAAUAUGAAUUGCAUCUCCCUAAAAUUUGUAUGUUGAAGCUUUAUGCCUCAAUAUAACUGUAUUUGGAGAUAGGACCUUUAGAGAGGUGAUUAAAGUUAAAUGAUGUUAUAAGAGUCACAAAUGGAUGGUGUCCUUAUAAGAAGAAGAGACAGGGAUGCACACACACAGAGAAGAGGCCAUGUGGGGACACAGCAAGAAAGCAGCCAUCUGCAAACCAAAGACAGAUGCUUCAGGAAAAACCAAGCUUUCCAGUACCUUGAUCUUGCACUUCCAGUCUUCUGAGCUGUAAGAAAAUAAAUUUCUGUUGUU